UCAUCUACUCUCAACUCAACUCAACUCAAUUCAUUUCUUCAUCUCCUUCCUUGCUCAAUUCAGCAGCAUUCACCAACCCAAAACAAUAACCAAUGGAAGUCUCAAACAACAUGUUAUCAAAGAUAGCAACCAACAACGGACACGGCGAAAACUCUCCGUAUUUCGACGGUUGGAAGGCCUACGACGCCAAUCCUUUCCACCCUCAGCGCAACCCCGAGGGUGUUAUUCAAAUGGGUCUUGCCGAAAAUCAGCUUUCCUUCGAUUUGAUCAAAGAAUGGAUAGAAGCGAACCCGAGCGCCUCAAUUUGUACACCACAAGGUGUAUCCGGUUUUAAACACACUGCCAUUUUUCAAGACUAUCAUGGGUUGCCCGCUUUCAGGACCGCGGUUGCUAACUUCAUGAACCGGGUUCGUGGAAACCGUGUCAAGUUUGAUCCCGACCGGAUUGUUAUGAGCGGUGGCGCCACCGGUGCUCAUGAAACUUUGGCUUUCUGCUUGGCUAAUCCUGGAGAAGCAUUCUUAGUUCCCACCCCUUAUUAUCCAGCAUUUGACCGAGAUUUGAGAUGGCGAACGGGAGUCAACCUAGUGCCGGUCGUUUGCGAAAGCUCGAAUAACUUCAAGAUCACUAGAGAAGCUCUAGAAAGCGCGUACACGAAUGCGAAGUUAGACAACAUUAAGGUCAAGGGUUUGCUUGUAACGAACCCAUCGAACCCGCUAGGUACUUUUCUAGACCGGGAGACGUUAAAAGAUGUUGUGAGAUUCAUUAAUGAUAAAAGCAUCCACCUCGUGUGUGACGAGAUCUAUGCUGGCACGGUAACCGAUGGUGACGAGUUUGUUAGCAUUGCGGAGGUGAUAGAGGAAGAGCCUGAAUGCAACCGCGACUUGAUUCAUUUGGUUUAUAGUCUUUCCAAGGACAUGGGGUUCCCCGGGUUUAGAGUUGGGAUCGUGUACUCGUACAAUGAUAAUGUUGUGAGCAUCGCUCGUAAAAUGUCGAGCUUUGGGCUUGUUUCGACUCAAACCCAACACAUGCUCGCCUCUAUGCUUUCGGACAAUGAGUUUGUUGAGAACUUUAUUUCUGAGAGUAGAGUCAGAUUGGCCCACAGGCAUGAUAUGUUUAACCGUGGACUAGCCCAAGUUGGGAUCGGGAGUUUGGAAAGCAAGGCGGGCUUGUUUCUCUGGAUGGACUUGCGCCGAUUUUUAAAAGAACCUACUUUUGAAGCAGAAAUGACGUUCUGGCGAACUAUAAUUAAUGAUAUUAAGCUUAACGUCUCACCAGGUCAAUCUUUUCAUUGCUCUGAGCCAGGAUGGUUUCGUGUUUGUUUUGCAAAUAUGGAUGAUGAGACCACGAUAAUCGCGCUAUGGAGGAUUAAACAAUUCGUGCGAAAGAACAGAAACCUCGAGAUCAAGACCAGAAAACAAUUUUGGCUAAACAACCUACCUCUAAGAUCAUCAUCAAGAAGGCUAGACGACAUCUUGACUCCUCACCGCAUGUCACCUCAUUACGACAUCUUGACUCCUCACCGAAUGUCACCUCAUUCUCCUCUUGCCUCGCCCCUUGUUCGGGCACAACAUUAGGCGUACAAUAUCGGUAUACGGUUGGUGUAUGGCAAAGUCUACACCAUAUAGAGGGUUUUUUUGACCUAAAUAGAGGGUUAGGAGUAGUAGUCCUAUGACUUAAAUAUUUGAUGCAUGACAUUACAUGACCGAUUUGUUGUAUUAAAUUAAAGUUGAAAUAAGUGAUUGAACAUGUAUUAUUUAAUUUUAGAUAAUAUUCAGAAUAAAUUGAAAAAUUUGAUAA